CGAUCCUUAUCUCGGAGGGCCCUUUCUUUCGUUUCGGUUCCAUCGGAAGAGCCUCUCGUCGAAGCUGUCUCUGAUGGCGGCCAUGGCUGUGGACGCGAAGCCCUCACCGGCCGCCCCUCCAGCGAGCAUCGCCGCCUCCGUGAGUCCCUCAUCCUCCCUCCCUGGCGACGAGGAUGACGACCUCUAUGGGCGCCUCAAGUCCCUGCAGCGGCAGCUGGAGUUCAUCGAGAUCCAGGAGGAGUACGUGAAGGACGAGCUCAAGAACCUGAAGCGCGAGCACCUCCGCGCCCAGGAGGAGGUGAAGCGGAUCCAGUCGGUGCCGCUCGUCAUCGGACAGUUCAUGGAGAUGGUCGACCAGAACAACGCCAUCGUCGGCUCCACCACCGGCUCCAACUACUAUGUCCGGAUCCUCAGCACCAUCAACCGCGAGCUCCUCAAGCCCUCGGCCUCUGUCGCCCUCCACCGCCACUCCAACGCCCUCGUCGACGUCCUCCCACCCGAGGCCGACAGUAGCAUCUCCCUCCUCAGCCAGUCUGAGAAGCCCGACGUCACCUACAACGAUAUUGGAGGCUAUGAUACUCAGAAGCAGGAAAUUCGGGAAGCUGUUGAAUUACCUUUGACACAUCAUGAGUUAUACAAGCAGAUCGGUAUAGAUCCUCCAAGAGGUGUGCUUUUGUAUGGCCCUCCAGGGACGGGUAAAACCAUGCUUGCCAAGGCUGUAGCCCAUCAUACAACUGCUGCUUUUAUUAGAGUUGUUGGGUCUGAGUUUGUUCAGAAGUAUUUGGGUGAGGGUCCAAGAAUGGUUAGGGAUGUCUUCCGCCUCGCAAAAGAAAAUGCUCCAGCAAUUAUAUUCAUUGAUGAGGUUGAUGCUAUUGCUACAGCACGUUUUGAUGCACAAACUGGAGCUGACAGGGAAGUUCAGCGAAUACUUAUGGAACUAUUGAAUCAGAUGGAUGGAUUCGAUCAAACAGUCAAUGUGAAGGUCAUAAUGGCAACCAAUCGAGCUGAUACUCUAGAUCCUGCACUUCUCCGUCCAGGAAGACUUGAUCGGAAAAUUGAAUUUCCAUUGCCCGAUAGGCGACAAAAGAGAUUAGUUUUUCAAGUCUGCACUGCUAAAAUGAAUCUUAGUGAUGAGGUCGACUUGGAAGAUUAUGUUUCUCGACCUGAUAAAAUUAGUGCUGCUGAGAUUGCUGCUAUCUGCCAAGAAGCAGGGAUGCAUGCUGUCCGGAAGAACCGCUAUGUCAUUCUUCCCAAGGAUUUUGAGAAGGGCUACCGGACUAAUGUAAAGAAGCCAGAGACGGAUUUUGAUUUCUACAAAUGAGGUCCUGCUGCUGAUGCUGUUUUUACGGAGUCUGCUGAUGUGUGUUGAAGUUACGAAGUAGAUCACUGCUGCUGUAUAUUUUUCUGUCGGAUUGUCUCCUAAGAAACACUACUGCUGUAUAUUGAUCUUUCGUAGUAUGUCUAUACUGCUGCAGUACUUGAAAUUAGUCUUUCGUA